CGACUGGUUGCCGCCGCGGCUGGCCGAUUGCUGCUCGUUCGCUGGCACCGAGGAGAGCGCGAUCGGAAGCUAUCAUCUGGCUGUCAGCCGAUGGUAAACAGUCCUCCGGCAUACACCGCGGUGCGCAGACGUGCGUACGUACGUAGUGCAACGUGUGUGCACGUGUGCAUACGCGUGUAUAUGUGAGCGAGCCUGUAGUGAAAGAGAGAGAUAGGAAUACACAUUCUCGCCUGUCCACGCGCGCUUUAUUUACUCGUGAAGCGGGGGCGACUCCGACAUGAGGACCACCGUCUGACAUUGCAGCCAAAAGUGCAUUCACUAUCGUGCUUAUCGCCGCGGUGACGAAUCUCUUCAGGUGCAAUCACCGGUGGAGCUCCGAGAAGACAUGCAAUUGGACAAGCCGUGGAUGCAGCCGAGAGCCGGCAGUGGCGGGGCCCAUCCGGGCGGGACAGGUGACGAUGAGGCCCCGAAAGACCCGGGCGCGCGGAUUACUCAUCAGUCUUACACGGAAAAAGAUUAUGAAGGUCACAGGGCGCACACGGUAUACGUGGGCGUGCAUUUGCCAGGGGAAAGGAGGCACCGCCGACACCAUAAGCACCAUCAUUCACAACGGCAGCCGUACCCCUGUGGUAAGGAGGACGCCGACAACGAUAGACCGAUCACUCCGCCAGCCCAGAGAGUACAGUUUAUCCUUGGCGAGGAAGUCGGCGACGAUGCGCACGAAUCGCAUCCGCUCUUCUCGGAGAUGGAGGAGCUCGUCAAGGAUGGCGAUGAAAUGGAAUGGAAGGAAACAGCGAGAUGGAUCAAGUUCGAGGAAGACGUGGAGGAAGGCGGCAAUAGGUGGAGCAAACCCCAUGUUGCCACUUUAUCACUGCACUCACUCUUCGAAUUAAGGAGCCUGCUUUUAAACGGGACCGUCAUGCUGGAUAUGGAGGCGGGCAGCUUAGAGCAGAUAGCUGAUCUUGUUCUCGAUAAUAUGAUCAAUAAAGGAGUAUUAUCGGUCGACCUGCGGGAGAAGGUGAGAGAAGCCCUUCUCGUCCGACAUCGGCAUCAACACGAAAGACGUAAAGACAAUAACAUGUCGAAGUUACCGAUCAUAAGAUCGUUAGCUGAGAUAGGACGCAACCAUUCCUCCUCGAAGAAUUGCGACUGUUCAUGUGGUAUGCAUGCCUUGUUGACGUCAGAUUUGCAGGAGCGUCGUGAGCCGAAGGACACAUACGUACCGACAUCCGUCUCCCGCAGCAGCAGCUGCCCGAACUCGAACACGGCACCGUUGUCGAAAGAGGCGAAAGACCUCAAAGGGCCGUACCUUCUGGUUCCAGACGAAUUUGGCAUACCCCACGUGGUGGGAUUCACGACGUGGUUCGCGAUGUGUCCGCUAAAAGUGGAGGAAUCGAAUUCCGCUCCGGCGAUCGCCGGCGCAACAAGUCAGGGCAGUGGAGCAGCGCUGAAUGCUGGUAGCCGCUUCCUUGCGAUACCCGGCAAUCCCGGUCAAGAACCAGGCAGCAACGGCAUGGAUCGGAGUCCCAGCAGCGUGUCCAUCAGCAGAAAUCACAGCUCCUCCGCUUUGGAGAACGGAGACGCUAAUCACAGGGGUAAUACGCACUUUAUGAGGAAGAUACCAGCCGGCGCCGAGGCGAGCAAUAUACUUGUAGGUGAGGUCGACUUUCUCGACAAGACUUUGUCCGCAUUCAUCCGGUUAAGCCAGGCCGGGAUAAUGGGGGACCUGACAGAAGUUCCUGUUCCGACGAGAUUCAUCUUCGUCCUCCUGGGACCCAGGGGUGGGAUUUCGGGUUUUCACGAGAUCGGUCGGGCUAUGGCAACCUUGAUGUCCGACGAGGUUUUUCACGACGUGGCUUAUAAGGCGAAAAAUAGAAAUCACCUCUUAGCUGGUAUUGACGAGUUCCUAGACGCCGUGACGGUGUUACCACCUGGUGAAUGGGAUCCGGCAAUCAGAAUAGAACCGCCAGCCGCUAUACCGUCGCAGGAAGUCAGAAAGAGACCGAAGGAGGAAAAGCCUAAGGAAGAGUUCGACGAGGAAGCCGACGAACAAAAGCUAAGGGAAGAAUCCGGCCUUUCGAGAAGCGGUAGACUGUUUGGCGGUCUGAUCAACGACUUUAAAAGAAAAGCUCCAUUUUAUGUUUCCGACUUCAAGGAUGCCCUUGCUCUUCAAUGCGUCGCUUCUUUCAUUUUCUUGUAUUUCGCCUGUUUGUCACCCAUCAUUACCUUCGGUGGCCUCCUCAGCGAGGCCACCGGCAAGAACAUGGCCGCUAUGGAAUCGCUGGUUUCCGGUUUCGUCUGCGGCAUAGGAUACGGCUUCUUCUCUGGUCAGCCAUUGACUAUACUCGGUUCCACUGGUCCGGUUCUCGUUUUCGAGACGAUCGUCUACGAAUUUUGCAAAAAAGUCGACUGGACUUACAUGUCCUUCCGUUUUUGGAUCGGUACAUGGAUCUCCGUAAUUCUGAUGAUUCUCGUGGCUCUCGACGCGAGUGCCUGCGUCUGUUACAUCACUCGAUUUACGGAGGAAAAUUUUGCCACCCUCAUCGCCUUCAUUUUUAUCUAUAAGGCUAUCGAAAAUGUGCUGUCGAUCGGCAAGAAAUAUCCUUUAAAUACCUACCCUAGCGAUAUGCUGGACCUCGAUUGCUGGUGCAAACCACCGAAUACCAGUCUGCCAUCCAGUUAUAACAACAUGAAUUGGACGACGUUGGAUAAAACAACUUGCGAGAAUUACAAUGGCACUAUGGUGGGCGAUGGCUGCAGCGUACCGCAUUAUGUACCCGACGUGUUCCUUAUGUCAAUUAUCCUAUUCAUGGGCACGUUCUUACUAUCAAUAGAGCUCAAGGAUUUCAAGAACGCUUUAUUCUUUCCUUCGAAGGUGAGACAAGUGGUGAGCGAUUUCGCAGUAAUAAUCGCGAUAUUCUCUAUGAGCACAUUGGAUCAUUUUGUGGCCAUUCCAACGCCGAAAUUGGAGGUGCCGGCGGAGUUCAAGCCAACGCUCGAGGGACGAGGAUGGAUAAUCUGGCCUUUUCAAGGGAAUCCGUGGUGGAGUGCUAUCGGGGCAUUCCUCCCCGCUUUAUUGGGCACUAUAUUGAUCUUCAUGGAUCAGCAAAUCACGGCCGUUAUUGUUAAUAGAAAAGAGAACAAAUUAAAGAAAGGAUGCGGGUACCAUUUGGAUCUUUUCAUCCUGGCGAUCCUGAUUCAGAUAUGCUCAGCGAUGGGACUUCCAUGGUUCGUCGCGGCGACAGUCCUCUCUAUAAAUCACGUCAACUCGUUGAAAUUGGAAUCCGAGUGCGCCGCGCCGGGCGAAAAGCCGCAGUUUUUAGGUGUCCGCGAGCAGAGAGUUACUCACAUACUGAUUUUCCUGAUGAUCGGAUGCUCGGUGCUCCUAACGCCGAUGCUGAGAAACAUACCGAUGCCGGUGCUGUUCGGUGUCUUCCUGUACAUGGGCGUUGCGUCGCUGAAAGGUCUUCAAUUCUUCGAUAGGAUUCUGAUAAUGCUGAUGCCCGUUAAGUAUCAGCCGGACUACAUGUUUCUCCGCCAGGUACCAUUAAAACGCGUACACAUGUUUACUGCGAUUCAGCUUACUUGCCUCAUCUGUCUAUGGCUCAUAAAAUCCUUUAGUCAUACUUCCAUUUUGUUCCCUUUAAUGCUUGUGGUAAUGAUUGGCAUACGCAAAUCCCUGGAUUUGAUGUUUACGCAACGCGAGCUGAAAAUCCUCGACGACAUAAUGCCGGAACCAAGCAGGAAACACGCCGACGAUCUUCGUAAGCUGGAAAACGGCGAGGAUCACAACGAAACGAUGGGAUAUGGACCCCCGGGGAACAUUCAGAUCUCUUUGGCCAACGGGAACAUCAUGAAGAUCCCUUUGGCGAGUAUCAAUAUUAGCGAGGAGGUGAACAAAACUGGUAUCUGGCAGCAGGUCAAUGAGGGCAACGAAAAAACGAAACAGUCAAAAUCAUUAAUCAAUGUGGGAAAGCAAAAGAAGCAUCCGAAGAAAGACAAUUCGUUGCUGGCCGACGAGACAACGCGGCUGACGACAAUGACCGAAGAGGACGAGGAUGACGGUGGGAUCUCGAUCAAGGUGACAAAUGUAGAUUUAAUACGAUCCAAGGAAAGCAUCAGUCCUUUAAAAGCAAAUGGUACUACCUCAGCAGAAACUUCCGUUUAACAAGAAGACAGCAAAAACGAACAUAUAUUAACACAAUAUACAAGUUUCUUUACUUGAUCGUUUCAAGACUUUUGUCUCUAGAGUUUCUACUCUGCAAUCUCAAUUCUUAUCUUAUAAAUUGCCAUUUUUUAAUUGCCAUUAACGAACAUAAGGGUCAUCGAUCAUGCCACUUAAUUCCCAGAAAAUUUGUACCCUUCUACAAAUAUCUCUUAUCAUUUAAUUAUUACCCUUAAUUGUAUUAUAUUUGUAUUAUAUUUAGCGAACAAAGCCCGUCGCUCUUUGCGAGCACCCCGCAAUUUAUAUACAACUGUAAAUGAGAUCCACCACACACAGUCUCGAUGUGUUUUGUACAUAGAAAACAAUUCAACAAGAUUCGCCAAUAAUAUCUAAUAAAUCCAAUUGUGAUUUUACGAAACCUCAUCUCUCAUCCCCGAUAAUGUUACAUAUUGUUAAAGCAAUCUAUUUUAGUAGUUAUUUAUGCAACAAUCAAUUCCCCACUUCAUUAAUAUUGCAUGUGAAUUGCAAGGAUAUGUGAACAGCGCGAUAAACGAAGAAAAAGAAACGGGAGAAAAAGAUUCCAAAUAAUUCGAGAAAUUGUUUUGAAGUAAUAAAAGCGUACAGUAGGUACAUGUUUUUACGUUUUAGUGAGUGUAACGACGGCAAAUAUAAUACGGUGAAAAGUCUAAAAAGAUCUCUUAGAUCUUAGGUGAUCUUUUAGAUCUCUGCUACGCAUCUUGUUUAGAUACGAUCUAGAUUGAUACGAUAUCUAUUGACUUACGAGUCAAUAAAAGGAUAUGUUUACGCUAGAAAUUUGUAAAAAAGAAAACGCACACUUUUCCAAAUCGUGAUAUGACACUGAACAAAUACAUACGUGGCAUUUAUAAAACACGUAUGCGAAACUGCAAAAUAAAAUGCAAAUUUUCACGGAAAAUUACAAUGUUUCUGGCGAAUUACUCAAGCUUCAACGCAUUCAAAUAUUCGAAUAAUUAAUACCGAUCAUUUUCACUCUUAUAGAUGAUAUGUAUGAAAUAAACGGUAGAAUAAUAACAACAAUAAUAGCAUAGUAUCGCAGGUGUCUAAAUACCGCGAAACGAAUAUCCGAGUGCGUGUGCAAUUGUAAUUAUUCGAGUAUUUGGAUAUUGACAGCUGUAAUUUUAAGUUCAUCGUGUAUGUCAAAUUCUGAUUUAUAUCAUAGGAAUCAUCAUAGGAAUAGUAGAAAAAUAAGCAAGAGUAUUGUGUUAUCAUGCAAUAAUAUGAUGUACACUGCAUGUAGCGCGAUUCAAGUAACUUUAUAAUCAUAUUAUAAAGUAUAUAUGCCAAAGAAACCCCGCAAUAUGUAUUACGUAUAUCAAUACUUCCUUCGAGGGAUAUUGCUAGCAAGUGUUGCUAAAUGAUGGUGCAUAUUGAAAAGGAAGUAAAUCUAACUCUAAUAUGAUUUAUUAAGAAAAUUGCGCUUGAAUAUUUUUUAUUCAUUCUCUUUAAUAAUAUUAUAUUAAUACGAUACCUUGGGGGACAAGAACGGUAGAAACUAUCAGUGAGCUAAGA